AGUAAAUAUUUUUGUUGUAAAAUGAACCGUAUUGAUUUUCGAAAAACGAUGCAACCUGAACUACAAAAUUAUUUUUAUUUUACACGUAUAAUUUUACUGUUUAUUAUGUUCACAUUACGACAAAUUUCAUGAAGGCUACUAUUGCUUACUGCAAUCGUGCAUUUAGCCAAGAGGACUCACGUCACGGAAAAAUGGCUCGUCCUAAACACAGAGUGAAUGGAGAUGUAUGUGCUGAUUGUGGAGCUGUUGUUUAUACAGAACCAGGAUGGGCCUCAAUAAACAGAGCUAUUUUAUUAUGUGAUGAUUGUUGCGGCAUACAUCGUAGUCUUGGACGACAUAUAUCACAUAUUAAGUCACUCCAUAAAAGUAUUUGGAAUAUACAUCUGCAUAAUAUGGUACAUACAUUAAAUGAAAGUGGAGCAAACAGUAUUUGGGAACAUUCUCUCUUAGAUCCUAAUCAUUCUAAGAUUAGUAGAAGAAAACCACAAGCUAAGGAUCCAAUACAUCCCAUUAAAGCUGAAUUUAUUAAAGCUAAGCAUCAACACUUAGCUUUUAUAUUAAGGCCUAGUAAAGAAGAAUGCUGUAGUGAAGAAGAACUCAGUAGACAAUUACAUAGCAGUGUUCGUACAUCUAAUUUGGAGACUUCAUUAAGAUUAUUAGCACAGGGUGCUAAUCCUAAUUAUUUUUAUAAGGAGAAAGGUACAACUCCUUUACACGUAGCAGCAAGAGCAGGACAAAUUUUGCAAAUAGAAUUAUUGAUUGUCAAUGGUGGAAAUCCUAGUAUAUUAGAUUCAAAUGGACAAACACCUACUGAAAUUGCUAAAAUGGCAGGCCAUUUAGAUUUAUCAGAACGUAUUAAAGAAUGCAUGUAUGAAGUUACUGAUAGAUUAACAUAUUAUGUAUGUUCACGUAAGCCAGAUCAUCGAUCGGAUGAACAUUUAAUCAUACCUGAAUGUGCAUCAAUGGCGGAAUCAAAUGAUUCGAUCAUUGAAGGACAUAAUAGAUUACAAACGCUAUCAAAUCAUCUCUUAGAAGAACUCGCAAUAGAUGUAUAUGAUGAAGUGGACCGUAGAGAAAUGGAAAGAAUUUGGUUUUCAACUGCAUCAGCGCCAGAAAGAUGUACAGUUCCAUUUUUACCUGUUAAUCCACAACUGUCCACAACAAGAAAUCAAGGUAGACAAAAAUUAGCAAGGUUUAUUCCAAAAGAAUUUGCUAGACUUAUUAUAGAUCUACUUAUUGAAGCUGGUAGAAGACACAUGCUUUCAAAUAAUAUACCAUUGCAAGACCCUGUGGUAUCAAUGCUUCGCAAAGAACAAUUUGGUAAACAUGGAUCACAAAUGUCUGAUGACGAACCAUUAUAUGACAGUGUUGCUUCUGAUGAUGAUUAUACUUUAACAUCAGUAAAUAAUACCACAACAGAAUUAUCUACUCAGCUAAAAAUUGUUGAUGAGGACGUUUUCGUUCCAAUGGCAAAAGGUCUUCCAUCAGUAGUAGAAGUUCUAAAGAAACAAUUAACACUUUCAGAAUCUACUGUACGAGAUUUACAAAGUCAAGUACAUGUUCUGCAAAAUACUGUAGAUAAACUUACACAAGAGAAUGUUGGUUUAAAACAAAUAAUAGAGCAUAAUAAAACAUCUGCUGAUGGUAUUUUAAAUGGGCACAUUGGAAGUGAACAAGAACCAGAAUUAGAACCAGUUUUGGAUAUUAAGACAUCUAUUUCAAGAAGCAAUCAGCGACCUGCAUCUAUGUAUGAGACGAGAGAAGGUUUACGAAAACCAAAUUCAUGGUCUACAACCAUUUGUCAGACCAACAGAGAUACAGAGGCUUUAUCUCGUACAAAUACACAAAGCUUAUGGGACUAUGGCAUUCCUACUUUGCCUCCAAGUGAAGAGGUAACGAGAAGAACAGAGCAAGUUACAAGAAGGAUACAAGAAUUAUGGAUGGCUAUGCAAGAUCCGCAUCAACGCGAAGCUUUUGUACCAUGUGCCGAACGUAUACGCGUUGCUGUUGCGGAAUUAACAGCUAUAUUUCCACAGAAUCCUAUAGAAGAAAAUAUUAAAUCAGCUUUACGUCAACUGAAUGGUAAUACUGGUAGACUACAAGCGGAAUGUUCUGGCCUUCAAAGAUGCACUGGUGACGCCGAACAUAUAGGCCAUUGCCUCCAGCAAGUACGCUCUUGUGCAUACGACAUUGCCAAAGCAACUAAGCUUCUUGUUACCCAGUUUCAAAUUUCUUAGAAUUGGUAAAUUAAAGAAGAAAAAAAAACAGAAAUAUACACAAUAUAAAGUAUUAUAAUUUAUCUAUUUUUGUAACAAUCGCGCCAAAUGUAAAUAUUAUGUAUAGUGCCUUAUAGAAUUUGAGAAAACAGAAAUUUUUAUUGGUGAAGUGUUAUACUAAAAGAAGAAGUCUAUAUCUUUUAUUUAUAAUUAUGUAAUAGAAAAUCAGCUAUUAUAUAUCUCUUAAAUUAUUAUAACUGUCCAAAAUAAUCAAUCCAUAUUACAGAAUACGAAUGAAAUUAACUAAAGACAUUUAUAAUUAUAUAUUAUUUACAUUUGAGAAAGACUGAAUGUCCAUGAACCAAUGAAGUCUAUGAACAUAUAA